AUGCGAUUCAGCUUCGACGAACUCUACGCCGUUGACGAGCCAGAAUUGCUUGACGAUGAUGAAUACACGAUCAUUGAAAGUGAUGACGAAGAUAUACCACGUUUGCGAAUUCCCCGGUAUAAAGGUACGAAGCCAGCAAGCAAGAAUGAAGAAGAUAAACUAGAUAAACUAGAUCCAGAACUGGAGCAUAUGCUUGCCAAGCUGAAUCUGAGUGCGAAAAUACCAGGUCCUGCAAAGAUUACGAGAAUCGGGAAUUGGAGGAAAAAUGUGGAUAGAGAUGACAUUUCAACAGAGCCAAGUGCUUGUGUUCAAAUUGGCGACAAUCACAUUAAAAAUACAAUGUUUGCGCAAUUGCAAGCUAAGAUGGUCAAGAACUACAUGAAAAAGCUGGCUUUGCUCGAAAAUUGUAAUGAAGAACAGGUUCGCAUGGUGAAGACCGAAAAGCAGCGGAUUCUGGAGGAGGAGAAGAGACGUAAAGAAGAACAGAAAAGACAGGAGAUGCUGCAGAAGCAGCGUGAGGAAGCAGACAGACGCAAGCAGCAGGAAGAAGAACGCAAAAAGCGUGAGGAAGAAGAACAACUGCGACAAAAGGCCCUGCAGGAAGCGAAGCAAAGAGAAGAAGAAAAACUGCUACUCAAAAAGGAGAAAGAGAAGCAGGAAUCUUUAGAGGCUCAACGCAAGGCUCAAGAGGAAGCCGCCAAGGGAAAGGGAUUGACAAAUUUUCAUGAAGUUGAAACCACGUUUAAACACUACAAGCACAAGAUCAAACACAUAAAAAUGGAAGUUGUUGAGCCGGUAAAAAAGGAUACAGCUCUAAAGUCCAUAUUAUCCAAACACAAGAGAAGAAUAAACCCCAAAUUCGGCCAGCUGACCAACAGUGAACAGCAUUUAAGAACUAUUGUCUCAGAGCUCACGACUCUAGUUGACCAAACUAAACCUAACAAAUUAGGCUACGAGUGGAUUCUCAACUUUAUCGCAAAGGCCCUCGUAUCGCAGGCCGAGACGGAGGUCCGCGUCAAACCCGAAAGUGCACUUCCAUUGGCAAAGCUGGCGCUAUAUCUGUUGGCUCGCUAUUCUGAAUUGUUGGAGUUUCUGAUGGCACGGUUUAUCAAGAAGUGUCCCUUCGUAAUAGGAUACACUUGCAAUAUCGAUUCAGAAGAAGGCCGGUACAAAAUGGGGUGGAAGCGUGCUCGAGAUGACGCGUGGGAGGAUGAAACAUCUUACGACGAGAGAAUGGGAGGAAUCGUAACAUUCUUUGCCACCAUAUCUCGACUGCCCUUACCCCAGGAGCUCAUAACAACUCACAAACACCCUCUCCCAAUUUCGCAUUCAUGGCAACUGCUGGCUCGUACAGCGAACACAUCAUCACAGCUUUUGACCAAUACCCACUUUGUUGUUCUCGGAUCUUGGUGGGAUGCUGCGGCUGCGCAGUUUCUUCAAGCAUUCGGAAAACAAGCGCACAAACUACUCGUCCUUUUAACAGCGGAUCUCACCAACAGCGUCGCUGACCGCAGGUACGUAGGAGCUGCCAGACUCCGAAUUCUAUGGGAAGAGUAUGAGAUCGGAGGAUUAAUAAAGUCUUUCCCAGAAAUGUCAGCAUGA